AUGGGGCAGCACAUUGGUACUCUGAUCAGAGGGAGUUUCUCCGAAUCCCCAGAAAAGGUGGGUUUAAUCGGGCCUCUUGGACGAGACGGAGUAGAUGGUCGUGAUGGACGAGAUGGUGUGCCUGGAAUUCCAGGGAGUCCUGGCGUUGCUGGUGUCCCUGGGGACAGGGGUCAGAAGGGAGAUUUAGGAAAUGAUGGACCGCUGGGCACUAAAGGAGAGAAGGGGUUUAAAGGUGAACAAGGGAAAUAUGGACCCAUGGGACCUAAGGGUGAUGCUUGUGAUAUCAACACUAAAGAUUUUGCUUCUAUGCUACUUCAAACACUCAGUGGUGAUCAACAUAACUCUGCAUUGAAUCUGACGUCACAGAAUACGCUAGGAAGCCUCUUUGGUGGUGGAAGCGUAUACACACGUUGGGGCAGGACAACGUGCCCAGAAACAGGCGCAGAGCUGGUCUAUGAAGGCAUUGUCGGAGGAUCAUGGUACGCUCAUAAAGGCGGCUCAUCUGAGUACAUUUGUCUUCCAUCGGACCCGGAGUGGGACAACUACCUUGACGGGAUUCAUUCUAAGGCUUAUAUAUAUGGGGCUGAAUAUCAAACCUCCCCAUAUGAUCCAUUUGAGCACGACAACUCUGAGACGUUACAUAGUCACGAUGUGCCUUGUGCCGUCUGCCGGGCACCAACACGUGCUACAGAGCUUAUGAUUCCCGCCAGAACUAGCUGCCCAGACCGAUGGACUAAGGAAUACUCGGGCUACCUAAUGGCUGGUUACUAUGAUCAUCCCCAAAGAGUAAAAUAUAUUUGCGUAGAUAGAGCUCCGGAAACUGUGCCUGGGACAAGUGUUGCCCAAAAUGGUGCCCUGCUGUACGUUGUAGAGGGACAAUGCGGAUCAUUGCCGUGUCUCCCGUACGUAAGUGGUCGUGAAUUAGCUUGCUCAGUUUGUACAAUCUAGACUGAUACCAAUGAUUAUUUUCAACUGAAGUUUCACUUGUUCUAUGAGCAUUAAACAUGCAGAAAACUUGUUUCUUAUGAGAGCAACCAUACAGACCACCACCGUAUACAAACGCGUCAUUACGGCGUAGUGUAGGCCUACUGUAAUAGCAGGACCGAUAGUACUCAUUCGUCGAAUAUUUCAUUGUACAAAGUACAGAGGUUUUUCUAAACCAUUCACAAAACAGCUUAUGUCACUAAAUAUAUUAUUUUUAUUCCAAAUUACAAAUAAAUUUGUUUCUUGAUAAGUUGCAGUUAAGAGUAUAACAAUUUUUUUUUUCUAGCUAUAGAGUUUUAACUUAAAUAUUUUCAAGAAAAGAACAAACGUAAAAUAAUUCUUGGCUAAAAAUUAUGUUUUUGUUUUAGAUUUUUUUUUAGAAUAUUAAAUGAACGAAUGAUGAAGAUAAAUGGAACUAUAACAAUAUCACUUUAGUAUUAUUGACAAUUUUAUUUUAUGAUAGUCAAAAUGUUAAUUUAAAAAUUUUAGUAACGAAAAUUUGAAUUUGUAGCAAUGUAAACAUGCAUAGGAGUUACCAUCGAAAAUAAAUACGUUACAAAAUA